AUGGCCUUCUGCUCCCGUCGCGCCGCUUCCACCCUCCUCCGCACCACCCUUCCGCGCCGCAGCUUCCAGACCUCCGCGCGCCUGCUCGAGACGCCGGCCGGUGCCCUGCCGCAGAAGAAGCCGGUGGGCGCGUUCAGAGCGACCAUCUUCGGCUUCCUCGCGGGCUCCGUCGCGGCUGGCUCCGGAAUGUAUUACUAUGUCAUGGAGGAGUACAAGGUCGCGAACCAGCUGCUGCAGGAGGACAUCUACGCCCUGCAGUCCGCCGUCCAGAGGAUAGAAAGCUACGUCCGGGUCAUGGAAGACAAGGUGGAGAAGGCGGUCAAGAAAUAA